AUGCGUGCAGCAAAACUCAACCCGAAGGAAUUCAAAUCAAGAGGUCCAUUGGUACUGCAGGCAGCACUGAGAGGAGAAGUUAAACAUGGUCUCGACCAGGACAAGUCGGUUAGCCUUAAAAAUCUGAAGUUUGACCCAAGUCAGAACGAAAUCGUCUUGAUAGGAACAGAAAUCGAAAGACUUGAAGGACAGUCCCAGUCCAUCGAACAAGCGGAUCGAAGUUAUAGGCUACGACGUGAAUGGUUCUCUUCUCCAUGUUGGUACCACGUGGCUUAUCAAAUGAAGCGGGCAUUUCAAACUAUACUAAAGGUCUCGGAGUUGCCUCACUCAUUAGCGAAUUCUGGAAAUGCCUUUCUACGUCUUGAACUAACAAAAAUUUAG